CAUAGCCAUUUAAGCUUAUCCUCUGCAUCUUCUUCUUCAUCACCUCAUCUCAUCUUCUCUCAUGAGGCGGCCUUUGAUCUGAUCCUCCGCGAGCUCGACACACAGAUCUAUCGAGGGAAGCAAAAAGAUCAAUCAAUCAAUCUAUCCUCUUUGCUCACCUUCUUCCUCAAUCUCCCCUUAUUGCCUGCAAAUCUCCAUUCCUGCCCUGCCCCUUCCCGCAGAAGCUCCAUCCCCCACCUCCUCCUCGCAGGCCUCAACGUCGCCGGCGCCGUCGUGGUCUUUUCUUGAUCGCCCGACCAUGGUCUUCGAGAAGGCGAGCUCGUCCUCCAAUGCCCUGUCCCCGCCGCCGAGGGAGGACACGCCGCUCCUCGGCAAGGGCCCCCCACUCUCGUCGCAACCCAAGACCUUCGCCAACGUCUUCAUCGCCAUCGUCGGGGCUGGCGUCUUGGGCCUGCCCUACUGCUUCAAGCGCACCGGUUGGCUCAUGGGCCUCCUCAUGCUCUUCUCCGUCGCCGCCCUCACCUACUACUGCAUGAUGCUCCUCGUCCACACCCGCCGGAAGCUCGAGUCCCGCAUGGGGUUCUCCAAGAUCAACUCUUUCGGGGACCUCGGCUUCACCGUCUGCGGCCCCAUCGGGCGGGCCGUCGUGGAUGUCACGAUCGUGCUGUCCCAGGCGGGGUUCUGCGUCGGAUAUCUCAUCUUCAUCGCUAACACGCUCGCCAAUCUCUACAUCGGGUCUUCGAUUUUGGGGUUAUCGGCGAAGGGUCUGUACAUUUGGGGCUGUUUCCCCUUCCAGUUAGGGUUGAAUUCGAUCAAGACACUGACCCACUUGGCCCCUCUGAGCAUUUUCGCUGAUGUGGUCGACCUAGGGGCGAUGGGAGUCGUGAUGGUUGAGGAUCUGGACAUCAUCCUGAAGAACAUGCCCGAGGUUCGGGCCUUCGGCGGUCCCUCCGUUUUCUUUUAUGGGAUGGGUGUUGCGGUGUACGCCUUCGAAGGGGUUGGGAUGGUUCUGCCCUUGGAGUCCGAGACACAAGAUAAGGCCAAGUUCGGCCGUGUCCUCGCGAUCUCGAUGGCUUUCAUCGCCGUCACGUAUGCAGGAUUCGGGGCAUUGGGCUAUUUUGCUUUCGGAGAAAACUUGAAGGACAUUAUCACCGCUAACUUUGGGAAAGGCCUAAUUAGCACUCUUGUUCAGUUGGGGCUCUGCAUCAAUCUCUUCUUCACUUUCCCUUUGAUGAUGAACCCGGUCUAUGAAAUCGUUGAGAGGCGGUUCCGCAGCGGGAAUUACUGCAUUUGGUCAAGAUGGUUGCUAGUGUUAGUGGUCAGUUUGGUUGCCCUGCUCGUCCCAAACUUUACCGAUUUCUUAUCGCUGGUCGGGAGCAGCAUCUGCUGCUUGUUGGGGUUCAUCUUGCCUUCCCUGUUCCAUCUUUUGGUUUUUAAGGAAGAGAUGGGCUGGAAAGGAUGGAGCUUUGAUAUCGGGAUUGUGGCAUUGGGAACCAUCCUAGGUAUCUCCGGUACUUGGUACGCCCUCGCGGAAAUUCUAUCCGUCAAGGCAUAAAUGAUGUAUUAGAAUUGUACAUCGACUAUCCGAUAGGUAGCCGGUAGCCGGUUUGGUUGUAUUGUUGUUCAUGGCUGGACGUGUAUAUAUGUUGUUGGCAUUAGACAUGGUCGUGAUCAUCUUCGCGGUUAUGUCGCUGGCAUAGGUGGAUUUGAAUAUGGUCUCGUGCCAUGGUCAUGUUCAUUUACAUUAUCAAAGUUCGGGACACAAGGAUUGAAUGGACAAAAAUGAGUCGAGGCUCUUUGUUGC